AUGAAAGAAAGGGUUGACUGGUACCAUGAAUGGACAUCGAAGAUUUUAAAAACUAAAGCCGAUACAGGAUGGGUUUCAGGAUGUUUAGACCUUAAAGCAGAUAAAACUUAUGUUAACGAUGAGUUAGAGAAGAAAGCAGAUAAGACUCAUACACAUACAAGUUUUACAACUGUUGCUAUAGAAAGUAUUGAAGGAACGGUUGAAGAAACUGGUGGGGAUGCAUUAUAUUGUAAACCUCCUAACUUUCCACAAGGUUUAACAUCGGAUGACGACAUAACGACGAUGAGAAACAUUAGAUGUAAAGAUGUUUAUGUCAUGAAGGAUGAAAAAAACUUUAAUUUCACUGCUCAAGAUUUAUAUGAGAAGAAAGCAGACAAAACAGAGCUUCAAACAUUAAAGACAGAAAUACUUCAAACAUUAUAUCCUAUAGGCUCUAUUUAUACGUCAAUGAACUCUACCAGACCAGAAGUAGUACUUGGUUUUGGAACUUGGACUCAAAUAGUCGACAGGUUUUUGUAUUGUGCAAACUCUUCAAAGGAAACAGGUGGAAGUAAAACGAUUUCAGGUGAAAAUUUACCUGCGCACAGUCACUACAUAGAUUUAAGUACAUCUCAAGCAGGUUGGCAUAGUCAUAGAUAUUGGAAUUGGUCAGCAAUGACAAAAGGUAAAGGAUAUGAUGUUAAAGACAACGUUAAGUUUGCUAUAAAUUGUUACUGGAGUAACACUGAGGGAGGAGGAAACCAUACACAUCGCGUUUCAGGGUAUACGCAAACAACGGGACAAAGUAAAGACUACAUGCCACCUUACAUGACAGUUUACGCAUGGUAUAGAAAUGCUUAG